AUGCUGGCGCAGGUGCUGCUCGUGCACCUGCUCCUCCUCGCCGCCACGUCCUCAGCCGACCACCACCGCCAUUACUGGGGCAGAAGGGCGCUGCACGAGCCGCUGUUCCCUCUGGAGAGCACGCCCGCGCUGCCGCCGCCACCGCCCGCGCCGUUCUUCCCGUUCUUGCCAGGCGCCGCGGCGCCGCCGACGCCGACGCCGGAGGUCGGCUCCGCCUCCGCCUCCACCCCGGCAGACACCGGCGCGGGUGACGCGUCGUCGUCGUCUUCGUCGCCGCACCCCACGGCGCCGGCCAACAUUUCGUCCUUGGCCGCGCUUCCCGUCUCCUCCCACACCGCGCCGCUCCGGUCCUUCCUCUCCUCCCACCGCCUCCUCACCGUCCUCGUCCUGGUCGUCGCUGUUGCUGCCGCUGUGCUCACCGCUGCGCUCGUUUACAUGCUCGCCCGCCGCCAACGUCGUCACGCUCCCAAGGAGGAACCUGCAGUGUACAAAAAGCCCUCCUCGCUUGCACCGGCCAACCCCGUGCUCUACGAUGGUGGCGACCAGCAUGGCCGAGGCUCGACGGCCACCGUCUCCAGCACCAGCUCGCCGGAGCUCAGGCCGAUGCCGCCUUUGCCUCGGCAGUUCCAGCAGACGCGGAUGAACUUGCCGUCAUGUUCAAAAUCCGUUCUUGACGCCGGAACAGGAGGUAAGCGAGCAGCAGAGGGUUCUCCUCCUCCUCCGCCGCCUCCUCCACCGCCGCCUCCAAUGCCACCGAUGAAAGACAAGGGAGGCGCCACAGCAACUGCUGCUCCUCCGGCGCCGCCACCUCCUCUGCCAAGAGCCGGCAACGGCAGCGGCUGGUUGCCCCGGCGGCACUCCGAGCGCCCAGCGACCACGGUCAUCAGGGCCUCGGCGAGCGCAGUUCACCCAGAAGAGUCUCCAGGGCGCGCGCCGUCAGAGAAACAAGCGGACUCGGACGCGGACGCGGACACGGCUGCUCUGCCGAAGCUGAAGCCGUUGCACUGGGAUAAGGUGCGCGCGAGCUCUGGCCGACCGACCGUGUGGGAUCAGCUGAAGGCGAGCUCUUUCCGAGUGAACGAAGAGAUGAUUGAGACAUUAUUCGUCUCAAAUUCGACAUGGAGAUCAUCGAAGAGUGGAACCAAGGGGCCAAAUUCCAGUUUGUGCAGCCAGGAGAACAAGGUCCUCGACCCGAAGAAAUCACAAAACAUUGCGAUAAUGCUAAGGGCGCUCAGUGUGACCAAGGAAGAAGUGUGCAAGGCACUCUUAGAUGGGCAGGCAGAGAGCCUUGGAACUGAGCUCUUGGAGAUGCUGUUGAAGAUGGCGCCUAGCAGGGAAGAGGAGAUCAAGUUGAAAGAAUACAGGGAGGAUGCUGUGUCUAAGCUUGGCCCUGCUGAGAGUUUCCUUAAGGCGGUGCUCGCGAUUCCAUUCGCUUUCAAGAGAGUGGAAGCGAUGCUGUACAUCACCAGCUUUGAUUUAGAGGUUGACUACCUCAAGACCUCCUACAAAACUCUUGAGGCGGCAUGCGAAGAGCUACAGGGCAGCAGGUUGUUCCACAAGAUAUUAGACGCAGUCCUGAAGACUGGUAACCGCAUGAACACUGGCACGAACCGUGGAAACGCCCAUGCCUUCAAGCUGGAAGCACUCCUCAAGUUAGUCGAUGUAAAGGGUGCCGAUGGCAAGACGACUCUCCUACACUUUGUCAUCGAAGAAAUCAUCAAGUCUGAAGGAGCUAACAUUUUAGCCACUGGCCAAACAUCUGACCAAACGAGUGCCCUUGCAGAUGAUCUGCAAUGCAAGAAGGUAGGACUGAAAAUCGUGGCAAGCCUUGGUGGUGAGCUCAACAGUGUCAAGAAGGCGGCAGCAAUGGACUCCGAUGCACUGGCCAGCUGCGUCUCCAAACUCUCCUCUUGCGUCAGCAAGAUCAGCGAGGUCCUGCACUUAAACCAGCAGCUUCUCGGUUCCGAAGACAGCUGCAAGAGGUUCCGCGCUUCCAUUGGUGAGUUCCUGCGAAAGGCCGAGGCCGAGAUCGCCGGGGUGCAGGCUCAGGAGGGCCGCGCCCUCGCCCUCGUCAGGGAGACGACCGAGUUCUUCCAUGGUGACUCGGCCAAAGAGGAAGGCCACCCGCUGAGGAUCUUCAUGGUGGUUCGCGACUUCCUCACGGCCCUCGAUCACGUCUGCAAGGACGUUGUGAAGAUGAACGAGCGGCCAGCGGCCAGUGGGUCGUCGCGGCGGGUGGGGAACAUGAACGUUCCUCCGGUGUUUAACGCGGUGCGAUCAACCAGCUCGUCGGAGGAGAGCUCGUCGCCCUAG